AUGUCGGUUUUACCAGCAACUAUGAAAGCCGUGGUGAUCAGGGGGAAAUAUCAUAUCGAGUUAGAAGAUCGUCCAUUACCUAUCAUCAAAGAGGAUACCGAUGUGAUACUUCGUACUCGAGUCGCUGGAUUGUGCGGCUCAGAUUUACAUAAUUGGCGUUUCACCGAUCCUACUUCGGGUUAUAUACUAGGUCAUGAGAUAGUCGGUGAGAUUAUAGAAGUUGGAAAAGGAGUCAAGAAUUUCAAAAUUGGAGAUAUAGUGGCAGCUCCAUUUCAUUGUUGUUGUGGAAUAUGUUGGUACUGCUCCCGAGGUUAUUUCUCACGAUGUACAAAAGCUCAAUGUUACGGUGGUCCCGAUCUUGACGGUUGUCAAGCUGAAUAUUUCCGUCAACCUCUAGCCGACAGUACUUUAUUUCCCGUUCCCCCAGAUGUGAAGGAAGAACAUAUGUUGCUGUUGAGUGAUGUUUUAUCGACAGGAUACGCUUGUGCAUAUUACGGUAAGAGGCUGUUAGAUGAGGAUAGGGAGGGUGAACAUAUCGGGGUGAAAGAUGGGGUCGCCGUGGUUAUCGGAUGUGGACCGGUCGGUCUAUGUGCAAUAUCAAGUGCCCUCACACUCUUCUCAACAGUCUACGCAUGUGACCUCAACCCUGAUCGACUUCUCUUAGCUGAGAAACACGGUGCCAAAGCUUUCUCUCUUGACCAAAUCAAACAAGCUUUGUUGGAAGGUACAGAUGGUAGAGGUGCUGAUGCUGCUUUAGAAGUGGUGGGUAAUGAGAAUGCUUUGAAUUUGGCAUUAGAUUUAAUACGACCUUUUGGGUCGGUAAGUGUUAUAGGACAACAUAUAAAACCUGUUACUUUAUCAGGUGAAGUUUUGUAUGGUAAAAAGUGA